AUGUCAAAAACCGAAUUCGAUACAAAGAGCCCGGUUCUCGUGACUGGUGCCACAGGCUACGUCGCUGGAUGGAUUGUUAAAAAAUUAUUGGAAGCAGGAGUUACAGUACACGCGGCUGUUAGAGACCCUUCCAACCACGAUAAACUCAAUCACCUUGAAGAGUUGAAGAACAGCACAAAUGGUGAUUUAAAAUUUUUUGCCGCCGACUUGUUGAAAGAAGGUUCAUAUGCAGAAGGUAUGGCUGGCUGCAAAGUAGUGUUUCACACUGCUUCUCCCUUCACGUCGAAAAUCACUGAUCCUCAGAAGGAUCUCGUUGACCCUGCCAAGUUAGGGACCAGAAAUGUGUUGGAAACCGCAAACAAGACAGAAUCGGUGUCUAGAGUUGUGUUGACCAGCAGUUGUGCAGCAAUUUAUGGAGACAAUAAAGACCUUGUUUCCCUCCCAAAUGGUACUUUGGAUGAAAGCGUUUGGAACAAUAGCUCUUCUUUGAGCCAUAACGCUUAUUCUUAUUCUAAAACUGUAGCAGAAAAAGAGGCGUGGAGUAUCUGUGAGAAUCAAAGUAAGUGGGACCUUGUUGUUCUUAACCCCAGCCUUGUUUUUGGGCCAGGAUUAAAUUCAAAUGCUACGUCAGAAAGUUUCAGUAUCAUGAAGUCGUUCGGUAAUGGUCUGAUGAACAGAGGUACACCAGAUAUUGGUAUUGGGAUCAUUGAUGUCAGAGAUUUGGCUGACGCUCAUUUGAGGGCUGCUUUCAUCAAAAAUGCUCAUGGUCGUUAUAUUAUUUCUGCCCACAAUACCUCUUUCUUGGAGAUUGGAAAACUGUUAUCACCAGAAUAUGAUUCAUAUCCAAUUCCUAAAAGCGCAGCCCCAAAGUUCUUGAUUUGGCUAGUAGGUCCAUUUGUCGAUAAGAACUUAACAAGAAGGUAUAUUCGCGAUAACGUCAACUAUAAAUGGAAGGCUGAUAAUUCAAAGUCUAUAAAGGAGUUAGAAAUUAGAUAUAGACCUCUUAAGGAUACUGUUUCUGAUUUUUUCCAGCUGAUUAUCGAUGCUAAGCAAAUUUAA